AUCAACGCGGGACCGUCCUCUCCUCCUCAGGCUGUGGCUGUGGAACAUCUCAGUCGCUGUGUGGAGAGAUUUGACGGAGGGAUCCUCCUGUACGUGGACCGUCACUGCGCUGCCUGCAACCCACUGCCCGCUCACACACACACACACACGGAGGCAUGUAAUGGCUGGGUGAAAUCUGGACGGGUGGAUAAAAAAAAACACGCAUGUGAAUAUAUAUAUUAUUAUUUUUUAUUUAUUUUUGCAUGUCAGCAGAGGAGGAGGAGGAAUUGGUCGCCGGCGCCGCGGCUGCUCGUCUUUUUUUUUUCUUCUUCUUAUCGCUUCUCUCUCCCUCCUCAUGUCACUCUAAUUAAUCGGAGGCAUGUGGAAUCGCACCAGGAUUAGGAAUUGCUUCCCAAUAGUGUGCCUGCUGUUGACGUUAUGGACCAAGGUGUCCCAGUCAACCGGCUAUUUCGAGCUGCAGCUGAUCUCGGUGGAGAAUGUAAACGGCGAGCUGGCGGACGGGGAGUGCUGCGACGGCACCCGGAGCUCGCAGGACCUGCGCUGCACCCGCGACGAGUGCGACACUUACUUCAAAGUGUGCCUGAAGGAGUACCAGAUGGAGGUCACCACCAGCGGGGCCUGCACGUUUGGAGCUGGAUCUACGCAAGUUCUCGGUGGAAAUAUGCUUUCUUUUAAGAGCGCCAAGAAUAACGCGAAUAAAAUGGACGAGGCUGGCAAAAUUUUGAUCCACUUCCAGUUCGCGUGGCCGCGGACGUACACGUUGAUCGUAGAAGCCUGGGACUGGGACAACGCCACACGCAGCAAUGAGGAGGAGCUGCUGAUCGAGCGCAGCUCUCGCACCGGCAUGAUCAACCCCGGUGACCCCUGGCAGACCAUCCUGUACGACGGCCCCGUGGCUCGGCUCGUCUAUCGCAUCCGCGUGCGGUGCGACGACAACUACUACGGCAACAAGUGCAACAAGCUGUGCGGUCCCCGGGACGACUACUUCGGUCACUACCGCUGUGAGUCGUCGGGGGCUCAGGUGUGUCUGGACGGCUGGAUGGGACCCGACUGCCGCACAGCGAUCUGCAAACAAGGAUGCAACCUGUUACACGGCGGCUGCUCUUCCCCAGGGGAAUGCAAGUGUAACUACGGCUGGCAGGGCCAAUUCUGUGAUGAAUGUUUUCUCUACCCUGGCUGCGUCCACGGCACCUGCAACCUGCCGUGGCAGUGCAACUGUGAGAGGAACUGGGGAGGCCUGCUCUGCGAUAAAGAUCUGAAUUACUGCGGUCGCCACCAGCCGUGCGUCAACGGCGGAACCUGCAUGAACACAGAACCGGACGAGUACGACUGCGUGUGUCCACAGGGCUACUCCGGGAAGACCUGUGAGAUCGCUGAACACGCCUGUGAGUCCAAUCCCUGCGCUAACAGCGGCACCUGCCACGAGGUUCCUGCAGGGUUCGAGUGCCAGUGUCUGCCAGGGUGGGAGGGUCCGACCUGCGCCAAGAAUUUGGACGAGUGUGCGUCAAGUCCCUGUGCUCGGGGAGGAACCUGCAUUGACAAGGAGGAUGGCUUCGAGUGUGUGUGUCCACCACAGUGGGAGGGGAAGACCUGCCAGAUUGAUGCGAAUGAGUGCGCAGAAAAUCCAUGCGUGAACGCUUUCUCUUGCAAAAACUUGAUUGGCGGAUAUCACUGCAACUGUUUUUGGGGAUGGUCUGGACAAAAGUGUGACAUCAAGAUGAACAGCUGCCAUGGUCAGUGCCAGAAUGGAGCAACAUGCAAGGAGGGAGCGAGAGGCUACCACUGCCAGUGUCCACCAGGCUUCGUGGGCACCCACUGUGAAAUCCAGAGGAAUAAAUGUGACAACAGGCCGUGCCAGAACGGCGGCCAGUGCCACGCAGUGCUGGACGGCUUCGUGUGCGAGUGCCUGCCAGAGUUUGCCGGACAGCUGUGUGAGAUUCCGACCUGGUCUCCCUCCGACUCCUGUGAUCCGAGCCCGUGCGAGAACGAGGCCAAGUGUCACAGCAUCAACCAGGACUUCUACUGCGCGUGUCCCGAAGGCUACGAGGGCAAAACCUGCAAGCGUCUCAAAGACAAUUGUCAGACUACUCCGUGUCAAGUGAUUGACAGCUGCACUGUUGCCGUGCAGACCAAUGACUCAGUGCGACACAUCUCUUCCAACGUGUGUGGGCCUCGAGGACGAUGCGUGAGUCAGCCGACGGGCAACUUUACCUGCAUCUGCGACCCGGGAUUCAGCGGCAUCUACUGUCACGAGAACAUUAACGACUGCAUCAGCAGCCCCUGCAGAAACGGUGGCACCUGCAUCGACGGCGUGAACUACUUCCAGUGCUUCUGUCCCGACGGCUGGGAGGGCCGACUCUGCGACCACAAUGUCAACGAGUGCAGACACAACCCGUGCAAGAACGGCGGCCACUGCGUCGACCUGGUGAAUGACUUCUACUGCGAGUGUGCCGACAACUGGAAGGGCAAGACCUGUCAUUCCCGUGAGAGCCAGUGUGACGCGACCACCUGCAGUAACGGAGGCACGUGCUAUGACCACGGCGAUGCCUUCCGCUGUGCGUGUCCACCUGGGUGGGGAGGAAACACGUGCAACACAGCAAAGAACAGCACGUGCGCCUCCAGUCCUUGUUCCAACGGAGGAACAUGUGUGGGAGGAGGAGACACUUUCACCUGCAUCUGCAAAGACGGCUGGGAGGGACCCACCUGCGACCAGAAUAUAAACGACUGCAACCCUCAUCCAUGUUACAACGGCGGUAUCUGCGUGGAUGGAGUCAACUGGUUCCGGUGCGAGUGCGCUCCUGGUUUCGCCGGACCAGACUGCAGAAUCAACAUAAACGAGUGCCAGUCUUCACCCUGUGCCUACGGCGCCACAUGUGUGGAUGAGAUCAAUGGCUUCCGGUGCAUCUGUCCUCUGGGUCGAACAGGAGCUCGGUGCCAGGAGUUUAUAGGCAUCGGGAAGAACUGCCACUACGCCGGACUGCAGUUUCCCCACGGCAGCCGCUGGGAGGAGGAGUGCAACAACUGUCACUGCAUCAACGGCAAAGUGGACUGUACCAAGGUGUUGUGCGGUCGUCGUCCGUGCCUGCUCCAGUCGUCGGGUGAGGAGCAGAGGGAGAAGUCCUGCCCGGCCGGACGGGAGUGUCUGAAGCACAACUACUUCACCUGCUUCUCCCCUCCGUGCCACCAGUGGGGGGUUUGCUCCGUGGCCAGUUCCUCGCUCCCACAAGUCACCACCAAGUGCCAGCCAAACAGCGGGCAUUUGGACAACAGCUGUGUCCACAUGACACUUGUCUUCAACAGAGACAGAGUACCACCAGGAACAACGGUGGAGAACAUCUGCUACGAGCUGACGUAUCUUCCCGGAAUCCGAGUUUUGGCAAAGGACCACGCCCUCCUUCUUCUCUGUGACGUCUCGCACUCAAAUCGGGACGCCGUGGAGGUGGCGAUAUCUUUCCACCCAGAAGAUCUCCAGGACCACAGUCUGAUCAGGAUGGUAGCCAGUGUCAUAGAAGGCACACUGUCACGGCGGCACAACAACACCAUAAUCCUGGCAGUGACUGAGGUCAGAGUGGAGUCGCAGGUCAUUAAAUCCUCAGUGGAUUACCUGGUGCCUUUACUGUGCGUGGUCUUCUGCCUGCUCUGCCUCUUCUGCAUCAUCGUGUGCGUCUGGUGGACGCGCAAGCGGAGAAAAGAGCGCGAGAGGAGCGCCCGAUCUUCCGCGGACGAUAGCGUGAACAACCAGUGGGAGCCGCUCCCGCUCGUCACGGGACGUCAGCAGCAGCAACAGCAGCAGCAGCAGCUGAAGGAGAGCAACAGGGAGGCCGAGCAGGAGCGCAAAAAGCUCAUGGGCUCCUCCUAUCGGACGUGUGACGAUGGGGAGGAGGAGGAGGAUGAGGAGGAGGAGAUGGAAGGCGAGCUUGAGCUCGAGGAGGAGUGCGGUGGGGCCGAGGCGGGAAAGCAGCCGGUUUAUAAGUACUCUAAGACUGCAGUGCAAUCCAGCGGGGCCGUGAUCUGCACCCUGCACAGCUCCAGUUCAGCCUUCAAAGCGCCGCACCGGACCCCGAGCUACAGCCCCAAAGACAACCGCUGGAAAAACGUCAGUGGCGUCUUGACGGGUCAGAAAGACCACAGAGACCACUGUGUAUAAGAAAUGUCACAACAGAACUCGCGACGUUGCAAGCGAGACGAGCUAAUUCUUAUUUUCAGACUACUUUUGGAAAGAGAGUAAAAGAGGCUUGUGUGUUUUCAGCAAGUCGCUCUUUGUUUUUCGAUGUUUUCGUCACUGUCACCUGAAGCCAUUUUUUUCUCUUUUGUUGGGUUCAGGAGGCUAGAGCACAGUGAACGUCCUUUUUCUUUGUUUGUUUGUUUUUUUUGCAUCUGUUGGCUUAUUUUUCUUUCAUUAUGUACAGAAGGAGCUGAUGUGUUACAGUUUGUUUUUUCCACGAGUCAAGUGAAGCUCUCUGCAAUUUUUUUUUGUUUUUGUGUUGAUGGGACUGUGACCGUUUAAGAGGCGGCGAUGAGUCACGAAAAAGGAGAAGCGACAACAACAAACUUGUAUAAAGAUUUUUGUUUUUGUUGUUGUUUACAGAUUAUGAUUUUAGUUUAAAAUUGUCAGUGGGCUCCUGUUGAGUGUCUGCAGUGGG